AUGCGCGAAGUGAGCAUGUUGAAGGUCCUCAACGACAACUCGCUCGACGCCGCAAGAUUGACUAACGGGUUCACUCUGCAGUGCUUGGUUUCCAAAGCGAGGCAAUUGACUGAGUCGAGUUACCUUGAAGAUUUCAAUUUGUGUUGGUUUUCACGUAAACUUGAGGAAGCGUACCUCGUAGAAUCAAGGGCGACUUAUGGUGCAUUGAAAGCACUACUACAGCAUCCUGCUAGUCUUCAGAGAGACCCCCGGGCGGCUGGUGAGGGUUGCCUCACAGGAGUGUUACCAUUGCAUGCAGAUGAGCCUAUUGAGGAAUCCCAGAGAAUAUUUUCGGCUGUGAUCGGGUAUAAGCAGGCCAGGGGUGACGCGGACGGUGACACUUGA